UCCAUGGCUUGUAAAUUUGUUUGUAGUACCACUUCAUGUGUCAUGACCCCACUGGACUAGCCUCUCUGGAGAGGAUCCAACUAGUCGUCCACCAAUUCCCACACAAUAAAAACCCACUUCCCCUUCUCCACAUUUCAUUUUUUUGUUUCAGUUUCUUCUCCCACCUCUUCCUCUUCUUUUCUUUUCAGCAGUUUCUCAUCUGUCUGCCCAUUAACAUGGCUGAGAAAAAGGUGGUGUUGAAGCUCUUGACCAUGACUGAUGAGAGAACUAAACAGAAAGCCAUGGAAGCAGUUGCUGAUAUCUAUGGAGUGGAUUCAAUAGCAGCGGAUCUAAAAGAACAAAAGUUAACAGUCAUUGGAGAAAUGGACACAAUUGCAAUAGCAAAAAAGCUGAAGAAGAUCGGGAAGAUUGAUAUUAUAUCAGUUGGACCAGCUAAAGAACCAGAGAAGAAACCUGAAGAGAAGAAACCAGAGGAAAAGAAACCAGACCCACCAGCAGCGGCGGCAGCAGCUGCACCAGCCAAAAAACCAGAAGAGAAAAAAUGAUGGAAAGAAAUAUAUAUGAGACCCCAAUUCUCUCUUUGAUUGAUUUCUUUGUUAGAUAUUAUAAUUAGAUUUUGGAGAUAUAUAUCUAUAGACUACUGUUAGUUCUACAUCAACGGAGGUGAAAAUCAAAAUAUUUUGUGAUCAAAUAAGAAGACAUUAAUGAUAUUAUUUUCUAUGUUCUUUA